AUGGCUCUGAGCGCGGACGGCCCCGGCGGCAAGGGCUCGGGCGCCCAGGAUCUGGAAUCCCUCGACACCUACAUCCAGAACACACUCUCUGACCUCUACCCACCGUUUGAGGCCACGGCGGCCACGGUGCUCUGGCAGGUGUUCAGCGUGGCUGAGAGGCUCCACGGAGGUGAUGGGCUGCGCUGCCUCACUGACUUCCUCAUCCCUGCCACGAGGGCCCUGCAGCACCUGCAGCAGGAAGCCUGUGCCAGGUACACAGGGCUUGUGUUCUUCCACGAAGGCUGGCCGCUGUGCGUCCACGGGAAGGUGGUGGUGCAGCUGGCAUCCCUGCGCGGAGUGAGGCUCAGGCCCGGUGACUUCUACCUGCAGGUCACACCAGCGGGGACGCAGUCCGCCAGACUGGUCUUAAAAUGCCUCUCCCGGCUGGGGCGAGGCUCCGAGGAAGUUGCUGUGCCUGAGGCCAUGUACGGCUGUGUCUUCACAGGAGAGUUCCUGGACCGGGUGAACAGGGAACGCAAUAGCGUCCUCUUGAAAAACUGCUUGCUGACCUCAGGCUCUGCUGUCUACCGCACCCCCUGGAGCAACGUCACAGCCCCUGUGUUUGUACCCAUCGGCGGAAGAGUCCUGCCCCACUGCCCCAGCCGUCCUGGGCCUGAGCGGCCACCCAGCUGUGCCUCCGAAGCCCUGACCCCGGCGCCGGCCAUGGCCAGCGACACUCGGACCCUGCCCCACGGCGGGGGGCCCGAGGACAGUGACCGGCCUGGCCACCUUCCUUCUCUGAGAAGAGCUGAGUGCGAAAGCCCCAGGAGCUCUGAGAUCGGCCCAUGGGAGCCCCGUGCAAGCCCUAAAGGACCAGGAGGGAGACUGGACCCCGUGGACAAGCAGGAUGGCCCCCAGGCCCUCACCUCCCCCGAGGAUGCAGGCAGCCUGAGCUCCAGCAGGCGGCCGCCUGGGGCCCCUGCCGCCACCGUGGAGGCCAGACGCUGGUUCAGGAAUUCCUACAUGGAGGCCCUUCAGAACCCCAUGCCCCUGGGCUCCAGCUCCGAGGAGGAGUCCCUCGUGGAUGAUGCCUGUGGCACCCGGAGCAAGAGGGCCGGGCCGGCGUCCAGCCAGCCCCAGAAAGAAACCCCCAGUCCCCAGGGAGGACGCCAGGGGAUCCGGAGACGACAGAGCUGUCCGAGCGCCGCUGGGAGGACCCUUCCCAGGAGGUCUCAGUCCUGGGACCGAUCCCUCAGGAGCUCCCAAGGUGAUGCCCCCCAUUCGGCCAGCGCCGGACCCCGAGGUCACCUAGGAGGACAGGCUUUGGGGACCAGAGACUUGGGCUCCAGCCACCCCUCUGGCUGCACCAAAGAGGAAGCCGGUGUCCACACAGGUGACCACAGCCUCCGAGGACACGACCCCCGCAGGUCUCCUGACCUGCUUGCUGAGCUGCUGUGUUCCGAGGGUGAGGGACAGCCCCCGGGCAUAGGAGACCUGCCCAGCCAGGUGCCCCAGCAGGUGCUGGAGAUCAGCCCGGAGCUGCUGCAGUCUGGGGCCAUCACCCUCCCAGGGACCCGGGACCGUCAGGGGAGAGCGGUAGUGCAGGUCUGCACAAGAGGCCCACUCUGGUCCAGCCAACACGUGUCCAGUUCCGAGCUGACCCGCCUGCUGAAGUACCUCCACGGCAUCCCCAGGAAAGAGGUGCGGAACCUGGGGCUGGUCAUCCUGGUGGACACACGCAGGAGUCCGGCUGUCCCUGCUCUCUCCCAGGCCCUGGCAGCUCUGCAGAACAUAUCUCCACCCAUAAUUCAUAGUAUUUUGCUGUUGGUGGAUAAAGAUUCAGCAUUCAGGCCUGACAAGGAUGCAGCAAUUCAGUGCGAAGUGCUGGGCUCCCUGAAGGCUCUGCACAAGUUUGUCGACAGCUCCCAGCUGACUGCAGACCUCGAGGGCUCCUUCCCCUACAGCCACAGCGACUGGAUCUGCUUCCGCCAGAAACUGGAGCCCUUUGUCACAAACUGCCAGGAUGCCAUUGCUUUCUUACAAAAUUUAGUUAGCUACCUGAACACCCACAGGACUCUACGCACUGCUCAGGAGGUCACAGAGUUAAUCGGUGAGCACAAGGCCAUAAUGAAACAAGUCCUGGAAGACGCACUGCUGGUCACCCUCCGCCUGGAAGGUGGGACUGUGCUGGCACGGCUAAGGAGGAAGGAGCAAGGAACCAGUGAAGACAGCCGAGACAGCAUUGAGGCUGCCUCCCGAUUGUACAACCAAGUGGACGAAGAGGUGCACAGGCUGGUCCUCACCUCCAACAGGUGUCUCCAGGAGCUGGAGGGUCUGCGGGAACUGAGGGAACUCCAGGAGGAGCGUGACCAGAUCCAAGCGUGGUUUGAACGAGAGCACGAGAAGUGGCUGAGCCCUUUGGAGCUGCUCCCUGUGGAAAACAUGAAGCUGCUGCCGACGGUGAACAGGAGGAUGCUGCACAGCAGUGAGUGCCUGCAGCCCCUGGGCCCAGAGCUGGUAGCCAAAUACCUAAAGAGCUGCCCCCAGGAUGCCAUGGCGGUGCUGGGCCUGGGCGGCCAGCAGGCGCUAGAGCAGUGGCACGCCUUGUGGCUGCGGUGCCAGCAGAUGCACCUCUGCCCCCAAGAAGCCCUUUUUGAGGCCACCUCAGGCCCCAGUGCCCCACCUCCAGACCAGGAACCCUUGAAGCCUGAGCUCAUUCAAGGGGCAGAGAUGAGGCUCCGUGAGCCAUCCUGGACCCCCCGCGCUGCCCCUCAGGGCUGCGCUAGGGAGCGAGCACAACUGCUGUCCGGCCUCCCUGGACAAGCCUCUUUCUGCGGGCAGGAUAGCGAGCACCUGGACUCAGGUCUAUGUACCCCAGGCGACAGCUCCACCUGCCCCUCUGAGCCCAUCCAGAACCCCAUCGUCCACCACAGGAGACAUCCCCUGAAGAAAAUGAUGAAGAAAACAUUCAGCUCGGAGGCUCCACCGCUUGACAGCAGCCCCAGGGAUUCCCACUGGCCUGCCCACACUGGGGUCUGCGUCAGAGGCCUGGAGGUGGCCUCAGAGAAGAAGCCCCCACUGAGGCCACACGCCAGAAGCCCCCUGGUCACUCGGACCCGAAGCCUGUCCUCUCCCUCCAGGAUCCACGCCUCCGAGGAGGACAGGAGGAGGCCCGCAGGAAGCAGCCGCCUGCAGCACAUAAUGGCCGAGAUGAUCUCCACGGAGAGGGAGUAUGUUAGGUCCUUAGGAUAUGUCGUCGACAACUAUUUUCCAGAGAUGGAAAGAGCGGACCUGCCGCCGGACCUGCGAGGGAAGCGCGGCAUCAUCUUUGGGAACUUGGAGAAGCUCUACGACUUCCACCAGCGGCACUUCCUCUCGGAGCUGGAGCGCUGCCGGCACUGCCCCUUGGCCGCGGGCCGAGGGUUCCUGAGACACGAAGAACAGUUUGGCAUGUAUGCGCUCUACAGCAAGAACAAGCCCCAGUCAGAUGCCCUGCUCUGCAGCCACGGUCUCACCUUCUUCAAGGACAAGCAGCAGGCGCUGGGCGACAAGAUGGACCUGGCCUCCUACCUGCUGAAGCCUGUGCAGCGCAUGGGCAAGUACGCCCUGCUGCUGCAGGACCUGGUCAAGGAAGCCGGGCGCUGCCCCGCCCAUGAGCAGGAGCUGGCAGAGCUGAAGGCCGCGGAGGACAUGGUCCGCUUCCAGCUGCGCCACGGCAACGAUCUGCUGGCCCUGGAUGCCGUUCGCCGCUGCCACGUGAAUCUGAAGGAGCAGGGGCAACUGAGAUGCCGGGACGAGUUCAUCGUUUACUGCGGAAGAAAGAAGUACCUGAGGCACGUCUUCCUUUUCGAAGAUCUCAUCUUGUUCAGCAAGACCAGGAAGGUGGACGGAAGCUAUGACAUCUACACAUACAAGCAGUCCUUCAAGAUGGCUGACAUCGGCUUGACGGAGACCGUUGGGGACGGUGGUGUGAAAUUUGAGAUCUGGUUCCGCAGGCGACGGAAGUCCCAGGACUCCUACAUUCUCCAGGCGAGCUCUCCAGAGGUCAAGACUAUGUGGACCGAUGUGAUAGGGAAGAUCCUGUGGCGGCAGGUUCUGAGGAACAGAGAACUCAGAAUGCAAGAAAUCGUGCCUGUGGGGCUGGGCAGCACACCGUUCCUGGACAUCAAGCCCAGCGGCGCAGCCCUGAGUGACCAAGCUGCCGAGUACAACAUGAAUGGGACAGAGUCAAGGGCCCAUGUUUCCACAGCUGUGCCUGCCUGUAACCACCCCACGCCCUUCAAGAGACCGCACUCCACCAUCUCAGACAGCAGCACCUCCUCCUCCAGCAGCCAGUCCUCUGCCGCCCUGCACAUGUCCGCCGGCCAAGCCCACUGGCCCUGGCCGCACGACGUCCACGCCUGCAUCGAGGAGGACGAGCCGGAGCAGGAGACGGGGAGCCAGUCCGCGCUACGUGAGUGCACUUGUGCGCUGUGGCCGCCUGCGCUCCAGCCUCUCACGGCUGA